CACCAUCCGUACGUCAGUGCGUCACUUCUGUGUUUUUCAUUGUCCACGGAACAUGCUGCUAACACAACUGGACCAUCUCUGCUCGUGCUAGUGAACAGGAGCUCAAAAUGGACCGCAGUCUGAAGAGGCGGCAGGUGAAGCCGCUGGCUGCAUCGCUCUUGGAUGUCCUGGAUUAUGACAGCUCAGACGACAGUGAUUUUGAAGUAGGAGAUGCCUCAGGGUCCGAUGGAACGGGUAACGGCAGUGACGAGGAGGGCUCCAAAGGCAGCGCAGGCGGCUCAGACAGCGACUCCGAGAACAUGGCCUCUGCAGACGACGGCAUCGACGAGGAGGAGGCCAAGGAGCUGGCAGCAGAGGAGAACCUGUCUGAGGACGAAGACAAGGCGAAGCAGUCCUCCGAGACCUCAAAGGCGUCUUCAGACAGCCCCGCCAAAGAGGGCACCGCUGCAGCCACCCCUCCGAAGAGCCGCCGCAAAAACAAGAACACCCCAGAGCCAGAGCCACCAGCGGCACCAGCACCAGCCCCCAGCACUGAGCCCAUCUCUGGGUCUGGAUCAGGGUCUGGGUCUGGAUCUGGAUCUGGGUCUGGAUCUGGCAACGCAACUGAUGAGUCCCAGUCUGAACCCAAGAAGUGGAACUUUCGUCGAAACCGCCCCCUGCUGGACUUCACCACCAUGGAGGAGCUGAACGAGAUGGACGACUACGACAGCGAGGACGACAACGACUGGAGACCCACCGCCGGUAAGAAGAAGGGCAAGGCCGCCGCGCAGAAAGGGGGAGGCGCUGAGGAGGAGGGGGGCGGGGCCAGCGACGACGAUGACGAUGACGACGAUCACGACGACGAUAACGAGGACGACGACGACGACGAAGACGACGAUGACGACGAAGAUGACGAGGACAAAGAGGACGGGGACGAGAACAACAGCAGCAGUGACAGCGAGAAGGGCGACAAGAAACUCAAGAAGAAGAACAAAAGCAACAAGAGCGCCACCUCCCUGGACGAAGAGCUGACCAACGACAGCAUGUCUCAGGGCAAAGGCAAUGAGGACGGCCUGCUGGAGCGCUCCCAGGCCUGGAGCACGCAGCACAUCCUCAUCUGCUGCGUGUGUUUGGGAGACAACAGCGAAGACGCCGACGAGAUCAUCCAGUGUGACAACUGUGGAGUCACUGUGCACGAAGGCUGUUACGGCGUAGACGGAGAGAGCGACUCCAUCAUGAGCUCCGCCUCAGAGAACUCCACCGAGCCGUGGUUCUGCGACGCCUGCAAGAACGGGGUCCGGCCCAGCUGUGAGCUCUGCCCCAACCAGGACGGCAUCUUCAAGGAGACGGACGCCGGCAGGUGGGUGCACGUGGUGUGUGCUCUUUACGUUCCUGGAGUGGCUUUUGGAGACAUUGAUAAACUCCGACCAGUAACCCUCACAGAGAUGAACUACUCCAAGUACGGAGCGAAGGAGUGCAGUUUCUGCGAGGACGCCCGCUUCGCCCGCACCGGAGUGUGCAUCAGCUGUGACGCAGGCAUGUGCCGCUCAUACUUCCACGUGACCUGCGCUCAGAGGGAGGGCCUGCUGUCAGAGGCUGCAGCGGAGGAGGAUAUUGCAGAUCCGUUUUUUGCAUAUUGUAAACAGCACGCCGACCGCUUUGACAGAAAAUGGAAGAGGAAGAAUUAUCUGGCUUUACAGUCGUACUGUAAGGUGUCUCUGCAGGAGAGGGAGAAACAGCUCACCCCCGAAGCACAAACCGGACCUUUGUCCAAUGUCCAGGCGCGGAUCACCACGCGUCUGCAGCAGUACCGAGCCAAAGCAGAACUGUCCCGUAACACCCGACCGCAGGCCUGGGUGCCCCGAGAGAAGCUCCCGCGACCUCUGACCUCCAGCGCCUCUGCCAUCCGGAAACUGAUGAGGAAGGCCGAACUCAUGGGCAUCAGCACGGACAUUUUCCCCGUGGACACGUCUGACGCCAACGCCAGCAUGGACGGACGCAGGAAGCACAAGCAGCCGGCGCUCACAGCAGACUUUGUCAACUACUACCUGGAGCGGAACAUGCGAAUGAUCCAGAUCCAGGACAACAUCUCGGAGCAGAAGAACCUGAAAGACAAGCUGGAGAGCGAGCAGGAAAAACUGCACGUGGAGUACAACAAGCUCUGUGAAUCUCUGGAGGAGUUACUGAAUGUGAACGGAGAGCUGCGCGGCGAAGGCCAGACCAUAUGGACCCUGAUGGGAGGCAUCCUGGGACAGAAACUGAACACGCCGGCCGUCCUGAAGGCUCCCAAAGAAAGAAAGCCCAAUAAGAAGGAAGGAGGAAGCCCGGGGAAGUCGUCCAGCCUCCCAGCCAUUCUCUACAGCUGUGGCAUCUGCAAAAAGAACCAGGACCAACACCUGCUGGUGCUGUGUGACACGUGUAAGCUGUACUACCACCUGGGCUGUCUGGAGCCGCCCCUCACACGCAUGCCCAAGAAAACCAAGAACAGCUACUGGCAAUGUUCGGAGUGUGACCAGGCCAGCAGUGACGAGGCCGACAUCGCCAUGGCGACGCUCCCUGACGGCACCAAGAGAUCCAGGAGGCAAAUCAAAGGACCAAUCAAAUUCAUCCCUCAGGAGAUGUCACCAGAGCCCAAGAAGAGCCAAGUGCGAAGCUCCAGAACGCGUGGCCAGAAGAGGAAGCGUCUGAACCUGUCUGAGGAGCCAGAGGAGAAAGUGGAGGAACCGGCGCCACGGGAACGGCGUCAACGUCAAUCAACCCUCCAGAAGAAGCCCAAAGCGGACGACACCAGGACCGAGUGCACCACGUGUAAAGGACCCGGCGACAAUGAGAAUUUAGUGAGGUUGUGAGAGCCGGGGCAGCCACCUCUCCUCCCAAAAAACACUGAGCGGACAGAUGAUGACCGGGCUUAGGCUCAGAGAGAGAGGCUAAUAAAGGAAGAAAGACUCCACUGCGACAAGCUGGACACCAGACUGGACCCCACAGACUGGACCCUCCAUACUGCCCCAUUCACUAAUGCCAUGCACCUCUGGAUUUCUGUUCAAAUGUUCAAAGCAGGUGAUAUCAUCGAAGUAAGAAUGUAUUAUUUUUAUAUGUAAAAUCAACAUCAGUAUGCCAAAUUACCCAAAAUUCAAACCUGGACAACUGUUCCACAUACCGUAUUUUUUGGACUAUAAGUCGCUCCGGAGUAUCAGUCGCACCAGCCAAAAAAUGCACAAUGCAGAAGAAAAAAACAUGUAUAAGUCGCACCAGACUAUAAGUCACACUUUUUGGGGAAAUGUAUUUUAUAAAAUCAGACACCAGAAACCGAUAUUUCAUCUUUAGCGUAACAUAUUAACAGUGAUUCAGAUAAUUAUAGCAUAAACAACAGAACAUAAAUUAACCACACUCACAUUCUCACUCCAAAUCACUAAAUCCAUUGAAUUCUUCGUUCUCUGUGUCACUUCUGCGCGACCUCCGGAGAUAAAUCAUAGAUCCAUGAUGUAAACAGAGCGCCGAUUCCUCUUCUGCAUAGCUGUCGACAGACUCAGCAUCAGUUCCAGUUAGAAUUAUUCCGGCCUUUCUGAAUCUCGACAGGAUGGUUUUGGUUGUUAUUGAAGUUCAGGCUUUGUCGAUUCAUCCAGUGACAGUGAAAGUUACAUGGUGCACCCACCUGGUUACCAUGAAUCUUUGUUUUCCAUCCCCGCUUUCCACCAGUGAAUCACAAGUUUCUCGCUCACUCCAAACUUUCUUUCUGCUGCUCGAUUACCAUUUUCGGCUGAAUGUUUCCCUAUUUGCAGCAGGACAGCGGCUAUUUCUACAGGAGGCAUGCGCAGUAGAGAGAGAAGUGACAGUGGUACAGGAGUAAUAGUAGUACUAGAUACUGACACACGAGCCUAGAGCGCCCACUCACGGCUGUCAGUCUGAAAAUUUUAAUAUAUAAAUCGCAGGAAACAUCCAAACCAUGCAAAAAAGUGCGACUUAUAGUCUGAAAGAUACGGUACUCCUGAAGGUCUUUUGGAAACACACACACAUUAUAAUCUGUCCUUGUUGUGAUUGUGACACCUGCAUUGAGCUUUGUGCAGAAAUCUAUGCAAUAAUACCUUCGCUGAUUGUAAAAAUGGCAGUUUGGGGCCAUGCUCGUAGCAACAUUCCUCAGGCUUUUUAGUGCAUUUUGCAGCCAUGUUGUUGUGCUUUUAGGAUCAUAAUAUUAUCAGCCAAUUUUGAUUUAAGUAGUCCUACAACAAUUCCAGUCAUGGUGUCCAUUUGACAGCUGUUAGGGGUAGGGAUGCACCGAUCCAGGUUUUUCUGUUCUGAUACUGAUACUUUGAUAAGUAUCUGCCAAUACCCCAAAAUCAUCUGACACCAGUGUAGGGACUGAAAAUGUUGUUUAUUUCCUUUAAACACAAAAAAAAGUCCAUUAUUAUAUAUUAUGUGUUUUGUAACUACUGAGCAGCUUUGUAAAAAUACAACUUUAAUGAUUUUAUGAGAUGUUUUAGGCCAACAAAUCAUCUUUUUAUGCUUAUUUAUUGACCAAAAUGGGAUAUCGGCUGAAUCGUUAUCUUGAAAAUGUUGAUGGAUCGAUAUCAGCUUUCAAUGUUGACGCCGAUAUCCGAUACCAAUAUCAUAUCGGUGCAUCUCUAGUUAUGGUUACCCUGCUUGUAAAACUUGCCACACUUUCGUCUACUUGUGCAAUGUAAUGAAAAUCACAAAGCUGUUUUCUUGGGCUCUAAGGAAAAAAAUGCAUUCACAACAUUUCCAAUCAGCUCUAUCGAUUAAGGAAAUCAACCACCUGUGACUUUGGUCCAGUGCAAUCACUCAGCCUUGUGUCUUAUUCUCAAGCAAACAGGGUCAGAUUGUAAAGUAAGUGUAUUGUACCAAGUAGAAACCAACCAUCUGUAGGUUUAGUGUAGAUUACAACGUUAUUAUUAGAUUAUUAGAUUAUUAGUCGUGGUGUAGACGAAAACAAACAAAAAGAAAAACUGUCUGUGAUGGCAUGACAGUUGAGUCUGAAGGAGCCCAGUCCAGACCUGGUCCCUGGUGGUCCUGUAUCUGUGGCUGUCAAAGCAGAGCUGUGCUGAGCUGUCAGACCCAUGACACGUGUCAGAGCUCCCCCCCCGUCCACACCGCACACGGGGCUAAGUCUGAGAGGCUCUUAAACCACACACUCCUGAUCACACAUAAAAACAUAUCGUCUUAAUGCAACGCUUCACGGCCUUUUUAGCCUUCUACAAUAAUCUUUAAAAGGGCCCGUAUUACGCUGUUUUCUGAGCUAUGUUAUAAUGCAGUUUCCUCAUUAAAAAACAGACCGGGAGUUGGGUUUUGUUUCAUUCACACAUGUUUAACUCACAAAUCCUGAAUAUUUAGGCUGAGUUUUUCUUUCUGCUCCACUUUGUGAUUUCAUGUGGUAAUACAAGAAGUGCUCCACUGUGUUUUUAAACUACAUACAACUUCACUAGAAUAAUUUGGAUGAUUUCGGCCCUGGAAUUGCGAAUCUCUACUGAAGUUUCUGCUUAAUGACAUGACAAAGUGUGUGUAGAAUCCCUCCGUUGUCCAGAUAGAAUCUAUGGUAAAGGAGAAAUUCAUUUUGUGAACUGAACAAACGUUUAUUUAGGUCGAAAAAGUUUCGCAGCUCAUUCAGUUCUGGAGAGAAUCCCGAAAGACACAUCCUUAUAUCUGCCUGAAGGGAGGAGGUAACUACGCUGAAACUACUCUGAAACUAACACGUAACAAGUAGGGUGUUAAUUGGAAGAGAACAUUUUGACUUUUGGAGAUGGAAACGGACUAAUAAGCGCUACUCAAACAUGCGUGAAUGAAACAAACCACAGCUCCAGGUCUGUUUUUGAGGAGAUAACUGCAUUAUAACAUGACUCAGAGCUCACAAAAGUCAAUUUUGCGUAAUACAGGAUCUUUUAACAGUUUCUGAAAUGGCAACGUGUGUCUGUUCGGGACAUGUUUUGCGACGUUAUUGUUAGAUACAGAGCAUGCUGCUGUUCUGUGGAAACAUAUCUACAGUAAAUGUACAUUAUAAUAAGAUCUUAAUACGACAUAUAAAUCUCCAUAAAGGUUUAGGUGCGUACAUUUGUAAUACUAAGGACGUGUCUCCUGUAAAAUGCAUGAGUGGUGUAUUUACUCUGAUCUGUACUGUAGUUCCUGAAGUAUUGUACUGUGUAGAUUAGAAUGUGAAUGCAGGUAGCUCUGUGCUGUUCUCAUGUGUGCACUAUUUAUUUAUUAAGAGGCCAAAUGUUUUCUUUUGGUGCCUUUGUUUUAAUGUGUUUUACAGAGUUGAGCUCUGCUGGUGCUGUAAUUGUUUCAUUUUCUUAUUGCUUACAUUUGUUUACACGUACAAUACCAGUCAAAAGUUAAGACACACCUCCUCAUUUAAAGCUUUUUUAAAACUUUGUGUUUACUAUUUUACUAUGAAAAAGCAUCAAAUAUGUGAUCCCAGAUAUGUGGAAUUAUGUGGUGAAAAAAAAGUUGAAGCUGUAUUGCUCAAUUUUUCCACAGUAGAGAUUAAAUGUCAGAUCUGUGCAGAGGCAACCCUAUUCACAAGAAAGAUUUACUGUAUUUUUGAGCAGUAGAAACAUCCAUCAUCAAUAUAUUUUAGAUCAAUAUGUUUAAUAUCAUAAAGAAAUAUUGUAACAUCUCUAUGGAGACAAGCAGGUGAUGAAGCCUCCACCAGAAAAGUUGCGAAAUGCACCUUUAAAUAGUGCAAGUUAACUUUUUUUUAUAUAUAGUUUAUAUUCAAAUCUCCAAAGUAUUCACCCUUUGCUUUGUUGACAGCUCUGCAAACCCCUGACCUUCUCUUAAUGAGCUUCUUGAUGACGUCUCCUGAAAUAGUUUUCACUUCAGAUGUGUCAAGAAAUGCCAAGAGUGCCAACCAGCGAUGAAAGCAAACGGUGGCUAUUUUUAAAAAUCUAAAACAGAUUUUGAAUUAUUUAGAGUUUAUUUUUUGUUUACGAUAUUCCACAUGUGAACAAAACCCCGAGAUACUUGAACUCUUCCACUUGAGGUUCUUGAUUUGCCGUCAAUCUACGUACCUACCCUCACUUAUGAUCAUGAGCUUUGGGUAAUGACCAAAAGGACGACCGAAAUGAGUUUCCUCCGCAGGGUGGCUGGGCGCUCCCUUAGAGAUAGGAUGAGGACCUCAGUCACACGGGAAGAGCUCGGAGUAGAGCCGCUGCUCCUCCAUGUCGAGAGAAGCAGCUGAGGAGGCUUGGGCAUCUGUUCUGGUUGCCUCCUGGACUCCUCCCUGGAGAAGUGUUUCAGGUAUGUCCCACCGGAACAAGCCCGGGAUGAACGAAGUCUGAGAGUCACUGCUCAGACCCGACCCCGGAUAAUUGGAAGAAAAUGGAUGGAAAAAUGGAUGAAUAUUCUAUAUGUGUUCAAUUAUACUUUUGAUGCUGACAAUGGGAAUCUACAAUUAAAAUAGUCAUGAAAAUACAGACAAAAUAAAAAUGAAAAAGUGUGGUCAAACUUUCGACUGGUAGUGUACGCUUUAGGGGAAUACUCUCGUGAUACAUUUAAAGGUGCACUAUGUAACUUUUUGGUUGGGAGGGUCUGUCACCUGCUUGUUUCUAUGGAUAUGUCCUUGCUCUCCGUUGAAUGUUCCACAGUGUGACAUUAAACAGCUCUACUUUACAUUUAUUCAGUUAUAGGUGGUUUUAUAGCUCAAAAAUACCUACAAAAACAGGCAUUCUGACUGCGAACGGGGUCGCCUCUCCACAGAUCUGGCACGCAACUUGGUCUGUUUUGAUCUCCAUGAAGAUAGAAAGGUUUAAUGCCAUACUGUGAAACAUUCCAGCCAAAGCAAUAACAUCUCCAUGGAAAAAAGAAAGCAUAUAACGGACCCUCCACUAUAAAAGUUACACAAUGCAGCUUAAACUAAAGCCUCUAAAUGCAAAAGUUUAAUAGAAAAAUGACACGGCAGCAACGCAUUUAGUAACAGCGAUGAUAAAGAUAACGUCUGAUGUUCAAGCCAUAAGAGAUGAUUUUGUGUGUGUUUUGGUGGCAGAUGGAGUUGUUUGUGCAGGACAGAAACUGCUGAGAUGCCCGCGCACAGGCUCCUCCAGUCUUCACACGAAAAUCAUCUCUUCUCCAUUUCUAAAACAUGGAUCAAAUCGCCUUUCCCCUCCAGUGUGAAACCAUUCGGACAGUUUCAGCUUAGUCAUGUAUAAACCCGUCACAAUAACACAUUUUCAACUGUAAUAUACAAUUUUCUACCUCUCCUCAAGCAGAAUAACUCAAAAAAAACAACACUUGACCUGCUGCUAUGACCAAUAACCGAUAUUUACCUUUCAAAAUCCAUAGCGUCGCCCACAAAUUUACCUUUAGUCACAAGUAAACUUUUCACUUUAGUAAAAAUAAAUCUGGUUUAGAACAUUUGUGACAUGUCUGAGUAACCAGAAACGUACAGUAGGGAUGUAACAAUUUCCAAAUCUCACGAUACGAUAUUUUCACGAUAUGCAUCUCACGGUACGAUAUUUAUUGCGAUAUUUGUGGAGGCGAACAAAACUGUGAAUAUGCUACUUACUUCUUUAAAAACAUUGAUACUGUUAAUAAUGGUACUGUUGUAAUAUGAAUAAUUAGGAUUUAAAAGUGUUAAUUAUGUUAAAUCUCCAUUGAGAACACCAAAGGAUCAUGGUCUAUGUAGUUCCCUCUGUUUUUUUUAGCUAUUGCUGCACCAUAACAAUGAAUUUAAGUAAAGAGACUUGUAAUUCGAUUUAUUGUGACAGUCCGCGAUGUUAUUGUGAGACUUUUGACGAUACGAUAUCACAAUAUUUCGGUUAUUGUUACAUCCCUAACAUACAUUCAUAAAACACUCUUGUGACAAUGCAAAAAUGUAGGUACUGAGUAUUGAUCACAGCCAAUACCAGAACAGAUACCGGAAUUGUUACUAAUAUAACCAAUUAAAUGCACCCAUCUCUAGUGUCCACCGGGGAUAAAAAGUAUUGCCAUGUUGUCUUAAAGCUACCAUCUGUAAAUGCAUUUGAUUUUUUUUUUUUUUUUUUUUAUAGUAGUAGAUGGCAGAUGUAAAACUGCUCCCUCCUUCCCUCUCCCUUCACCAGACCUUUGUUCAGAUUCUACCUGUGCUCAUUGGUCUUCAAUCAUAGAGCAGUAACAUAGACGGCAUCUAGUGGUGACAUGUGAGAAUACAACAGAUGGUAGCUUUAAAUAACCAAGGGAACCUAUAAGUGAGAAUCUAAACUUAUGUGAGGUUGGAAAAAAUGUACAAUAUUGUAAAAAAAAAAAAAAAAAAAAUGCAGUUCAAGAGUCAUAGCAGUUACUCAAUUGUUCAAUCUUCAAUAGCUCAAAUACUGACAUAGCACAAAUAAUAACAGGAAGUUUGACUCUAAUACUAGUAAUAUUUGGAUUUGACUUUCUGAAAUGAAAAUAUUGCACUUUUUAAUGAUAUUCUAAUUAUCUGUGACGGACUAGUAUACAUGAAAUAAGCCAAAAUAUAGCAUGAAGGAUGUUUUCAUAUAGCAGUUACCAUGACAUGUGUCUUAUUGAGUCCUUUUUUCAGACCAAGAGUUUGUUUUCAUAUUUGACAGUUUCGACUGCUCCCUGUGGUCUUCCUCAGAGUCACGUGAUGCUCCUGUGACGUGUCCGUUCAGCUGAUUUAAACAGGUUUUGGCGCUGUCUUCCUACCGGAGGAGGCAGGACGACAGCGCCAUCUGCAGCCCGACUUCUCCAGGACAGGAUCCCAGGUGUGUGAGAGUAAAAAAGAACCCCUCGUCCCGGUUUAUCGUCCCGUGGGCACGUUUCCGUAUUUCGACUCUUAAAUCCAGCGACGGUGUUUGUCAUCAGCAUCACGUGACCACACUGAGGAGGACCGCAGGGAGCGAUCAAAACAGCAUGAAUGAAAACAAACUCUUGGUCUGAAAAAAGAACCUAAUAACAUAAAUUAUCAGAAGACCAAAUGAACCUGACGUGUGUGGUGUUACUUCACUGCUGCCUUGCGAUUUCUCCGUUCAGCUUUUGCAUUCAGAUCUUGCCCAGGUGUGUCCCACUCACUGUACUGCCUGUGUUUUUUUGCACUGUACAAAGUCCGAUUGUCGAAUGUGAUCGUGUCUCUGUGGCCUCCGUAGCUCUCGUGGCGAAAUGAAGAAGAGCUUUAAUAAACUCUUGACUUUUUCACCUUA